GCUGCCGGUGCAAUUGGUAGUCGUCUAACUGGUGCCGGCUGGGGCGGAUGCACGGUGUCGAUGGUGCCCAAGGAUUUGGGCCACAAAUUCAUUGAACACGUCUGUCGCGAGUACUACGAACCGCGAGGAAUUAAGAAUGCCUCGGAAGGAUUGAUUUUUAUCAGCAAUCCUGGUGAUCCUGCUGGUCUGAUGAUGAUGAAAUAG